AUGGCUGAAGAAGCUGCUUCUACUAGCGAAUCUGUGACAGAAAAUAAUACUGAGACCAUUCCUGAGACCAAUGUCGAAGUCGGUGAAAAGGUUUCAGAAGAUGUCAUUACUGAGGAGGAAAAAGUUCAAGAAGAAGCCGGUCAUAAAGUUUUUGUUGGAAAUUUAUCUUUUCAAACUUCUGAACAACAAUUAGCCGAUUUUUUUGGUAAAACCGGCAAAGUUCUUAAGGCCAAUAUUAUUAGUCGUGGUAAUCGUUCACUUGGUUAUGGGUUUGUUGCACUUGAAACUAAAGAAGAUGCCAACAAAGUUGUUGACGAACUUAACAGACAAGAAUUAGAUGGUCGUCAAAUUAAUGUUGAAAUGGCUAAACCUAAAUCUGAAAAUGCAUCCGGUAAUAACUCUGGUAAAUCAUAUUAUAACAGUUAUCGUGGUGGACGCGCAGCUGUUACAUCUGAAGAUGCUCCAGCUCUAAAUGGUACUCGUAAACCUCGUGCAAGUAGAAAUACUGAACCAUCUAAAACCGAUGUAUUUGUUGCCAACUUACCCUUUUCUGUUACGGAUGAAAGUUUGAAAGAAAUUUUCAAUGCUUAUGAUGUUAAAAGUGCUCAUGUGGUUCAAUAUCGUGGACAAUCAAAAGGCUUUGGAUUUGUUGAAUUGGCUUCUGAAGAAGAACAGUCUAAAGUUAUUGAAGCAUCUAGAACUUUUAAAUCUGACGGAAGAGAAUUGGUUGUUAGAAUCGCUAUGAGUAAUCAACAUGUUCAAAAUGAAGAAGACACUACUGAAAAAAACGAAAGUAGCUAUAACCCCAGUGGACAUCCGAGAGUUAAUUUUCUGAUUUUUGAUGGUUCUCUUAAUAAUAAUCAUCUUUCACAAAUAACAGAGAUGAUUUGGUUGUAUGCAUCACCAUUGAACACGUAUUCUAUGUGUUGGAAUUUUCCCGAUGAACUAACUACUUCAUCCAUUUCUUGA